AUGCAAGCCGUGCUGCUCCUUUUACCCCUGCUGGCCCCCUCCGGCGCCAUCCUGCCCGAGCCGACGCACCCGGGAAUCCGCCUCAUCCAGCACAAUUCCCUGCAGGAAGAGGAACGCGCGGCGGCGGCGGUGCAAGCGGAGCAGCAAACCCCUGUGCAGCAAGAGUCAAACCUCACGACAACAACUGCGCAGUCCACCCAUGUGGACAACAAUAUUGACGCUGUUUGCGUCACCGCUGAGGAUUGUGGGAAGGAGAGGUACUGUCAACACGACAGCCGCGACUCCAGGUGCAAGCCUUGCAAAGGCGUCGACGUGUCCUGCGCCGAGGACGAGGAGUGCUGCGGUCUGACCUUGUGCAUUUGGGGUCAGUGCAGUCCAAACGCCACCAAAGGACAAGCCGGCGGCACGUGUCGGCUUCAGGCGCACUGCGGACCGGACCUCUGCUGUGCCUUCCACGCAGCUUUGCUCUUCCCCGUCUGCUCCGCUAAACCCAUCGAACGCGAGCGCUGUUUUCCUGCCUCCAAGCACCUGAACGAGGAGGACACGCCCAGAAAACAUUGCCCUUGUGCUGGGGACCUCCAUUGCCAGAACCUGGGGCGAGGAUCGAUGUGCCUUCGGGCGGUCGACUCCAGCGAAGAGGCCCUGACAGACAGCCUUUACUCGGCCAUCGACUACAUCCUCUGAAACGCCGCAAUAUUUUCCUCCUCCAAAUCCUCAGGAACGACGCCGCCUUCCCGUCCGCACGCACCGUAAAGCCGCGCAGCGCGGAACGUGAAAUUAUAUUUGCUUACCGGAGGAUUCCGAGUCUUAUCAAACAGGAGAUGGGUGACCGCACGAGUAGCUCACUUCCCUCGAGGAUUAAAGUCAUCGCAGGGGCGGGUCAUCGGGUUCACAGAGGUUUUUGCUGCCUCGCCGCAACUACUAUGCACUAAAGC